AUGGUUGUUUCACACGAUGGAGUGGAAGAUCCUCCCCCAUUCAACCUGACAGACGUCGACCGCGCGGUACUGGCCUCUACAGACGAGGAAUUCCAUCUGCAGACAUGGGAGGACCUCAAAACCAUCAUCGCAAACAAUGACCUUCACCUCCUCAAACGCAAACCUUCCGACCUCCGCCGCUACCUCAAAUGGUCGAGAGAUAUCAAAGCCUCCUACGGCUCCAUACCCAAUUACAUCAUGCUCAAACGCUUGAAAUGGACGCCCCUCCCCACCUCCACCCCACAAUCCGGUCCGCAAUUCGCCUUCAACAACCCCCUUCCUUUCGCCGACAAGCGCGACUUCAAGAUCCUGCCCAACGACUGGCCGUACGGGAUGGAGCCUGGAAUCCACCAUAUCGUGGUCUGGUUGAAGAAUCGGCUGGAAACGGAGCCCGGGAGAGGAGAUAUGACGCAGCGGUCGAGGAAACAGAUCGAGGAGUUUGUGCAGAGGAGGUUUGUGGAUAGGGUGGCUGGGUUGGAGGGGAGCAGGGAGAAGGUCCAGUGGUUCAAGAAUUGGACGGCGUUGCAGAGCGUGCCCGGGUUGGAGCACGUACAUGUCUUGGUUAGGGAUGUGCCGGAGGAGGUUAUCCAGGAGUGGACGGGAGGAGAGCCUGCUGUGCAAUGA